AUGAGUCCUCACGCAGACCUGUCAUCGUCGAGCUCGCCGAGUGGCGCAGCGCCAGCGGUGCAGAAGGCCUUUGAUGGCUUCCUGACGGAGAACCUCGACGAGAGCCAGUUCCCCGCUCUGGAGAAGCGAUCCCACCUCCGAUAUACCCCGCAGGACGAGCUCCACGACCUGAUAUGCGUGGGCUUUGGGCCGGCGUCUCUGGCCAUUGGCGUGGCUCUGCACGAUGCCUUGGACGGUACGGAUGCCUCGCUCGCUGAUGUCCCGGGCCUGCAGGGCCGGGCGCCCAAGGUGGCUUUCCUGGAGAAGCAGCCGCAGUUUGCGUGGCAUGCGGGCAUGCUGCUCCCGGGCGCAAAGAUGCAAAUCACCUUUAUGAAGGACAUGGCCACGAUGAGGAACCCGCGCAGCGAGUUUACCUUUAUCAACUACCUGCACCAGAAGGACCGGCUGAUUGAGUUUGCCAACCUCAACACGUUUCUGCCCGCGCGCGUCGAGUACGAGGACUACAUGAAGUGGUGCGCUGGCUGGUUCGAAGAGGUGGUGGCCUACAGCCAGGAAGUGGUCAAGGUGAUGCCCGAGAAGUCGGCCAACGGCGAGAUUACCGCGUUCAGCGUGACGUCGGUCAACCACCUCACGGGCCAAACCGAGUCACGGAGAGCACGGCAUGUGGUGAUUGCUGCUGGAGGCAGACCCAACAUGCCCGCGCCGUUUCCCACCAACCACCCCCGAGUGAUCCACUCGUCCAAGUUCUCGUACAUGUGCAAGGAGAUUCUGAAGAAGCACGACGCGCCGUACAAGGUGGCUGUGGUGGGCAACGGGCAGAGCGCGGCCGAGAUCUUCGACUAUCUGCACGCAAACUACCCCAACUCGCAGACGCGGCUGCUGAUCAAGGGAGGGGCGCUGCGGCCGAGCGACGACUCGCCUUUCGUAAACGAGAUCUUCAACCCCUCACGGACCGACUGCACAUACAACCGGGCGCCCAAGGUGCGGGCGACGACGCUAGUCGAGGACAAGGGCACCAACUACGGCGUUGUGCGGCUGCCUCUUCUCGAGCACAUUUACGAAACACUGUACAUGCAACGCAUCCGCCAUGGCAACACGGCGGCAGAGGAGGCGCACUGGCCGCACCGCAUCAUGCCGUACCGGCGGGUGGUGGAGGUGAGCGAGUCGCCCGUGAUGGCGGGCGGAGUGCGGCUGCAGGUGCAGGACUCGAGCCCGCUGUACUUUUCGGACAAGGCCGGGGCGGCGGAGCAGAGAGAGACGCUCGACGUGGACGCCGUGUUUGUGGCGACGGGCUACUACCGCGACGUGCACGAGACGCUGCUCCAGGAUGCGCGGCACGUGAUGGCGGGCGGCGAGGUCGAGGGCGCCAAGUGGCAGGUGCAGCGCGACUACCGGGUCAAGUUUGCAGAGCAGAGCGUGGGCGAGGGCGCGGGCGUGUGGCUGCAAGGAUGCUGCGAGAGCACGCAUGGCCUGAGCGACACGCUUCUCUCGGUGCUUGCGACGCGAGGGGGGGAGAUGGUCAGGAGCUUGUUUGAGAAGGCGGCGGCGUGGGACAACGGCCAUGUGCUGGGCGGGUAUGAGGUGCGCGACUGA